AUGUUGUGGUCCGCAUUCCUUCUUCCAUUUCUUCUCCUCCCACUGCUCUUCUCCGAUGGAGACGCUGCGAGCAUACCGAAAAAAACGAGCAGCAAAACAUGCGGCUACGAGGCAUGUACAAAGACGGAUCCCAAGCAAUUAAAUAUUCAUCUAGUUGCUCACACUCAUGACGAUGUUGGCUGGCUGAAAACGGUGGACCAGUACUACUUCGGAAGUUAUUCACUUAUACAAAAAGCUGGCGUGCAAUAUAUUCUAGACAGUGUGAUUCAAGCAUUGCUAGCUGAUCCUGAAAGAAAGUUCAUGUAUGUAGAGACAGCUUUCUUAUGGAAGUGGUGGUUGCGUCAAGAUGAAAAAGUCAGAGAAGAUGUCAGAAAUCUAAUAAAUGAAGGAAGAUUAGAAAUUAUUAGUGGAGGAUGGAGCAUGAACGAUGAGGCAGUCACUCAUUACCAUUCCAUCGUCGAUCAGUUCACAUGGGGCUUCAGACGACUUAAUGAUACAUUCGGAAGUUGUGCAAGACCAAAGAUAGGAUGGCAAAUAGAUCCCUUCGGUCAUUCUAGAGAACAAGCUUCAAUCUUCGCUCAACUGGGAUUUGACGGCAUGUUUCUUGGUCGUCUUGAUUACCAGGACAAGAAAAAAAGGCUUAGAGAUAAAACAAUGGAGUUCAUCUGGAAAGGCAGUCCAAGUUUGGGAUCUCGCGGAGACUUGUUCACGGUUGCACUAUACAAUACUUAUUCACCACCGCCUGGUUUCUGUUUUGACGUUCUGUGCAACGAUCAACCCAUAGUUGAUGACCCUGCUAGCCCGGAUUAUAACGUUGAGGAAAGGGUCGAACAGUUUUUGUCCUUUGCACAACGCCAAGCCUCAGCCUACAAGACUAAUAACAUUAUACUCACAAUGGGUGAGGAUUUUAAUUAUCAACAUGCUGAAAUGUGGUUCACUAACUUGGACAGAUUGAUCAGAUACAUACGGGAACGAAAGGAUUCUAAUGUGAAUAUAUUUUACUCGACACCUUCGUGCUACAUGAAAGCGGUACACGAUUCGAAUCUACAAUGGUCAACGAAGAGUGAUGACUUCUUCCCAUACGCGAGUGAUGGUCACUCCUAUUGGACUGGCUACUUCUCUUCCAGACCAACAAUAAAAUUCUUCGAACGAAUGGGAAAUAAUCUUUUGCAGAUUAGUAAACAGUUGUCCGUAUUGACUGGCUUGAAAGGAUACGAUGAACAAUUACAACAUUUCCGCGAGGCAAUGGGUGUAAUGCAACAUCAUGACGCAAUAACUGGGACCGAAAAGCAACUGGUUGCUAACGAUUAUGCCCGCUUAUUAUACAAGAGUAUGGAGCAAGGAGCAGAUAUUGUUUCUACAGCAAUAAGGUACUGGAAAAUAUCAAACAGUAGUGAUUUUCGGAAAACUAAAAUGUAUUCCUGCAUGCAGUUGAACAUUAGUUCUUGUGCGUAUACCGAGAAUCAAGACUCUAUGCUCACUAUCUACAAUCCCUUGAGUUACAAAAUCAACGUACCCAUCCGCGUUCCCGUUCAAGAAGCCAAUUACACCGUUAUAGAUAUUGCAGAUGGUUCCGAUCUUACGUCACAACUGGUACCCAUUCCUAAUGCUGUACAAAAUUUACCGGGAAGAGAAAGUGCCGCAACGCAUGAACUUGUAUUUUUUUGUACGGUACCAGCUUUGGGUUACAAAUCUUAUAAAGUUGUUCGAAUAUUGAAGGACACAGACGAACAAUCUGCUGCUGCAGCCCCCAUUAGUAACGAGUUUUACGAUGUAUUCGUUGACGAUGAUGGUCAAAUCGUGGUGGAAUGGAAGAAACAACAAAAUAUGAGUAUGGUUCAGGCAUUCCACUAUUACGAAGGAAUGACGGGAAACAAUGAAGUAUUUCAAAAUAGAUCUUCAGGCGCGUACAUCUUCAGACCCAAGGGGGUUCUGAAGAAUUUUACGACGAACGGGUCUUACAAAAUUUAUAAAGGUCCAGUUGUGCAUGAAAUACAUCAGACUAUUAACGAUUGGAUUAGUCAAGUAAUUCGAAUUUAUAACGGAAAAGAAUAUAUUGAAUUCGAUUGGCUUGUUGGACCCAUACCUGUUAAAGAUAAGAUUGGCAAAGAAAUUGUCACCAAAUACUCCAGCACAUUGGCCUCUAACGGCGAAUUUUAUACUGAUUCUAACGGCCGCGAAAUGUUAAAGCGGAUGAGGAAUUACCGUCCAACGUGGAACUUAAGGCUAGAAGAAGGAAUAUCCGGAAACUAUUACCCCGUUACUUCUAAAAUAUCAUUGAAAGAUGAAGAAGAAUACCUUAAGCUCAGCGUGUUAACAGACAGGGCACAAGGUGGAACCAGCAUGAAGGAUGGAGAGAUAGAAUUAAUGCUUCACAGAAGACUUCUAGUGGACGAUGCAUUUGGUGUGGGUGAAGCUCUCAAUGAGUCUGCAUAUGGUGAAGGUUUAGUGGUCAGAGGUUCUCAUUACGUAUUUGGGGGCAGUAUAAAAAAUUUGGACGAAUUUAUGAUGAAAGAAAAAGCUUUAACACUUCAGACAUUGCUUCGGCCGUGGAUCACGGUAACACCGCACUCGCAAAAGUCCGGAAAUGACGAAUAUGUAGCUACGCCUCAAAGAUCAGGUCUAACUAAACCUUUACCGCCAAAUGUCCACAUACUAAGUUUGGAGCCUUGGAAGGAUGAUACUGUCUUGCUGCGGCUGGAACACAUUUUUGAAGUGGGUGAAGCGGAGAACCUAUCGAGACCUGUAGAAGUUAACAUUCAGGAUAUGUUUUCAACCUUCACGAUUUUAUCUAUCGAGGAAACUACAAUGGGUGGUAAUCAGUGGUUAAAAGACAUGAACCGUAUGAAAUGGCACCCUGAAACGAACGAUGUACUUCAAGAGAGAGCGAAUACGAUUAACGAAAUACAAAUUGAAGAAGGUGUCAUAAAUGUACUUUUGAGGCCAAUGGAGAUACGAACAUUUAUCAUUAAAAUAUCACCAAGGCAUGCAUAG